UUCAAAGCUGGGCUCAGCUUUUGUUUCUUACCUCUUGUAAUCACAAAACCCAUUUUGGACCAGGAAUUCCAAUCAUGUCUGUGAUGGUGGUGAGAAAGAAGGUGACACGGAAAUGGGAGAAACUCCCAGGCAGGAACACCUUCUGUUGUGAUGGCCGCGUGAUGAUGGCCCGGCAAAAGGGCAUCUUCUAUUUGACCCUCUUCCUCAUCCUGGGGACGUGUACACUCUUCUUCGCCUUCGAAUGCCGCUACCUGGCUGUCCAGCUGUCUCCUGCCAUCCCUGUGUUUGCUGCCAUGCUUUUCCUUUUCUCCAUGGCUACACUGCUGAGGACCAGCUUCAGUGAUCCUGGAGUGAUCCCUCGGGCCCUACCAGAUGAAGCAGCUUUCAUAGAAAUGGAGAUAGAAGCUACCAAUGGUGCAGUACCUCAAGGCCAGCGACCACCCCCUCGUAUCAAGAAUUUCCAGAUAAACAACCAGAUUGUGAAGCUGAAAUACUGUUAUACAUGCAAGAUCUUCCGGCCUCCCCGGGCCUCUCAUUGCAGCAUCUGUGACAACUGUGUGGAGCGCUUCGACCAUCACUGCCCCUGGGUGGGGAAUUGUGUUGGAAAGAGGAACUACCGCUACUUCUACCUCUUCAUCCUUUCUCUGUCCCUCCUCACGAUCUAUGUCUUUGCCUUCAACAUCGUCUACGUGGCCCUCAAAUCCUUGAAAAUUGGCUUCCUGGAGACAUUGAAAGAAACUCCUGGAACUGUUCUAGAAGUACUCAUUUGCUUCUUCACACUCUGGUCCGUCGUGGGACUGACUGGAUUCCACACUUUCCUCGUGGCUCUCAACCAGACAACCAAUGAAGAUAUCAAAGGCUCAUGGACAGGGAAGAAUCGUGUCCAGAAUCCCUAUAGCCAUGGCAAUAUUGUGAAGAACUGCUGUGAAGUGCUGUGUGGCCCCUUGCCCCCCAGUGUGCUGGAUCGAAGGGGUAUUUUGCCACUGGAGGAAAGUGGAAGUCGACCUCCCAGUACUCAAGAGGCCAGUACCAGCCUCUUGCCUCAGAGCCCAGCUCCAACAGACCAUCUAAGCUCCGAUGAGAUGCCGGAGGACACCAGCACUCCUGAAGAGAUGCCACCCCCAGAGCCCCCAGAGCCCUCACAGGAGGCCACUGAAGCUGAGAAGUAGCCUAUCUAUGGAAGAGACUUUUGUUGUGUAUGAUUAGGGCUGUGAGAGAUUUAAUGGGAGAAGAUAACCUGAGACAGAGAGCAAGUAAGCUGUUCCUGUUACUGUUUUUCUUUGGUCUUUAUUCACCCAGUUGUAAACUGGCAUUUUCUUACUGCGAGCUUUUUUUAAUUUCUGGACUCCAAGCAGUUGCAGAAGAUGUCAGUCACCUCUGGUAACUGGACAAAUGGGUCCCUUGGGCCCUGGCACUGGUUUUCCAUGGCCUCAGCCACAGAGGCUCCUUGGACUCCCCUCUCUUCCCAGAUCCCAGCUCUCCUGCUUGGGGUCACUGGCCCACUUCUGGGGUAAAGGUUCUUGAGACUGGCUCAGAUCCUCUCAGGCUGCUGUACAUCAUGAGUCCAGGGGCAGUCACGGAGAACUCUGGCCGGGGAAUUCUAACUGGAUUCUUGAGGCCUUCAGAAUGGAGGGGGAUGGAGAGUGGGGUUGGAAGAGUCUCCUGGCUACAAAGUGCCAACAUUGCCAGCAAAUCCUUUCAGGAAUGGGGCAGGCAGUUUCCACUUGUAUUUAUUCGUGCAGCUUCUCCUUUGUCCCCUGUCCACUCUCUAACACCCAAGCCCCACUCUUUUCCAGUGAGGUAUAUGUAAGUAAUUGCAGUAUAGAUAACAAUUCACAUUUCUCGUAGACUACCCAGAAACGUUUUAAUACCUGUGCCGUUCUCAGUAAGAACUUAUGAGAUGCCAACGGCACGGCCCCUCGCACUCUCUGUCUCAUCUCUCCUCCACUCUCGUUAGCCCCUUUUAAUUUGUUUUCCUUUUGACUCUUGUUCCCGUUGGGAGCAGGAACGGCAGUAAUAAAAGUCUGCACUUUGGUGGUUCCUUUUCCUCAGAGGAAGCCCGAGUGCUCACUUAAACACUACCCCCUCGGACUCCCUGUGUGAGGCCUGCAGAGGCCCUGUAUGCACAAAUGGGGAAACUAAGGCACAGAGAGGCUCUCCUCUCCUCUCCUCUCCCCCUAUGUCCCCUCAGAAA